AUGAGCGUCGAGAACACAUUUGAAACGUUCUGUGCAAUGAGCGCUCUUCAGCAGCGGCGCGACGGCCUGCUCGUUCCGCCCGAAUCAUCGCGCAGUUUCUCCUACUACCAAUGGCUGGAGGUGGCAAAGGCAAAGUAUGCGGUAAGUCAGCCGCUGGCCUCUUCUUCACCAAGCCAACGACGGCCACCAGCAAAGAGGGCCAAGAAAGAAGGCAGUGCCAGCGAUUCUGGCACAACGCUCGCUGACGGGCUCGCCGAACAGCUCGUCGCGUCUCUUGAGCGACAGAAGGGGCCUGCCAAGGCACCAGCCUCUCUCCGCUACGCCGCCCAGGAGGCCUUUCCCAUGCCGAAGGCUUCGGCGGACAUGCCGGCGUUUCUUGCACUGGCCGAGGCGGCCAUUCGCUUGACACUCUGGACACCACAGGACACGCGACUGGCGCAGCUGGCAAGUAGCCUCCGCCCUAACCUGCGUACGCUGGAGGAACGGGGCGUAAUUCGCUUCUAUUACAACUGCUUUCCGUCCCUUCAGCUACUCAUGGACCUGCUCUCUUGGCGCAUCAUUGCUCAUCACUGGGAGCGCCUCACACCCGAAUUGCAGCAUGUUGCAGUGGACGGCGUACUGACGCUGUGCGACUGCUUGGAUAGCGUGGCAACGGAGGCGUUGCGCGCUGCUGUACACGAGCUUCGCAUGUCUACAGUUUCCUCUUCUUCCGCGGAUCCGAUUGAGCUGACAGCACUCGACACAUUAGUUGCUCACGUGAGUGCCACCGUGCCAUUUCAGUUCGAGACCUGCCGUGAUCUGGUGCCGCUGUACCCGGAGCCAGUCGGGCUGUUGCGUGUCCCUGGGACAUCGGUUGCUUCCAUCAAGAGUAUGCUGGGAAAGGGGCAGCUGUCGCAACCCGUAGAGGAGGAACAGGCUAACGAUGAUGGCGAGACGCGAGUCGGCGAGCUGCUAGGCGAAAUAUGCACUCCGACCCUCCUCGGGCACGCAUCACUGGAAGGAGAGUCGUCAAGCCGCCGCGUGCAUGCGGCAGCAGAAGCUGCGCCACCAUCCCGUCCUAUUCUCAAAGCCGCAGCGCACACCACCAGGGGCAUGCGCCCCCCCGCUGGCGUCGCUAAGACCCGUCACAAAAUUCCGACGAGAACGGCGAGUGGGCAUAGCGCUUGCAUGUCGCAGUACCACACGCGCUACGCUGACCCGGCGAAGCAUGCCAGCUCUGAGUGCCCCUACUGUGCCACCUGCCACCUAAUGGAGAUCAUCUUUCGUGGCGACACGGGCAAUUGUUUGUGGAGUCAUUGGCCGACUCCAAGGAAGAUCCAGCUUCACCUGAAGCAGUUCCCGCAAGUUAUGAAGCUGGCACAGGAGCGUUUUGCCGCGAUGCGGCGCGGCGUGAAGCUGGCGUCAACAGAUGAGGUGCCACUGUGA